ACGCUACGCAGCGAAGACUGAUAGUAGCCGGAUUAAGAGGCCGAGUAGUAACGUGUGUCUUUUCCACUGUGAGCUCUAAAAGUCUCCUUUAACCUGAUCUAAUAAAUGGCUUGUGACACAGCUCCCAGUUUUUCUCAUGGGUCCAGAGAGGAAGAUUUUCCAUAUAUGUCAGCCUCCACAUAUUUUCCACUUCAGCAUCAGUGUUGACAUUAGAGGAGCCUUCAUCCAGCUGGUUCUCAUGCUGCUUCCUGGGCCUGGAGACAGCUUCAUGCAGUCACCCACUAACCAGGCCGGUUCCUGUUGCCUCUUGGCUCAUCCCUGUUGACACCGCUUGUUGUUGAAUAGAGCGCUAACUCGCAUCAACCCGAGUUUUCUUUCAUCUAUCCCCGGGGGCUUGGUUGGCCCUGAGUGGGCUCCUGCCUGUUCUGAAGUCAUGGGGAUCCAGGGCAUGGAGCUUUUCGCCAUCGGCGUGGUCAUCAUCCUUUUCAUGGCAGUUCUCAAGCAGUUUGGGAUCCUGGAGCCGAUGUCCUCGUUUGAAGACAGCAGCGACAGUGAUUUGGAGCUGUCGACUGUGCGUCACCAGCCGGAAGGGCUGGACCAGCUGCAGGCUCAGACCAAGUUCACCAGGAAGGAGCUUCAGUCUCUGUAUCGAGGCUUCAAGAACGAGUGUCCCAGCGGACUGGUUGAUGAGGAGACAUUCAAGUCCAUCUAUUCUCAGUUCUUUCCCCAAGGAGAUGCAACCACCUACGCUCACUUCCUGUUCAACGCGUUUGACAUGGACAGAAACGGUUCAAUCCGUUUUGAGGACUUCGUCAUCGGCCUGUCAGUGUUGCUCAGAGGUUCGGUCACCGAGAAGCUCAACUGGGCUUUCAACCUUUACGACAUUAAUAAGGAUGGUUACAUCACCAAAGAGGAAAUGCUGGCAAUUAUGAAGUCCAUCUAUGACAUGAUGGGGAGGUAUACCUACCCUUGCGUGCGGGAUGAAGCACCCUCUGAACAUGUCGACAAGUUCUUUCAGAAAAUGGACAGGAACAGAGAUGGUGUAGUGACUAUUGAAGAGUUUAUUGAGACCUGUCAGAAGGACGAGAACAUCAUGAACUCCAUGCAGCUGUUUGAAAAUGUGAUAUAAGAAUCUGGACGUCCUCAGCUGUUUUCCUUCAUUAGCACAACUCACAUACAAACAGAGCAAAGUCAUGCACCCCACCCAAUGCCGCAGACUCCACAAUAACGUAAGACACCCUGAUACAUAAUGUAGCUCCUGUGAAGAUGCAGGGACUAGAGGUUUUUCUAUUUGUCGCCACACUCUUUUAAUGGUAUCUUGUGACUGUUUCUGGAUUACAAAAGCUGCCUCAUGUCAAAGGAGACAUUCUUGGAUGACUUUUUUGUCCUCGGUGGCUCAACAGACAUGCUGAUUGUGCUUUGAUCAGCGGACAAAAACCACAAGGAACGAAGAGGCUCACAGAAAUGGACAAACUACAUGGAUACUAACUUUAACAAUAACAUACAGUAUAUACACUCACAUAUGGAAAAACCUGCUGUUUCCUCAGAGUUUUUAUAGCACUGGAUGGAGAAAAAAAUCACAGUGAAAAAAAAAGACAUGAACUAAAGCAUGUUUGUCAUCAGAUAUGUCAUGUGGAAUUAGCUUGCACUACAGUUUUAUGACUAUGUAUUAUAUGUGCCUGAAAUAAAGGCACUGUAGAUACCUGCACCUGAUAUACCACUGAAGAAAACCAGUGUAUAUGUAUAUACAUGUAAAGUUAAUAAUUAUAUCUAAUGCAUUGUGUUGGUCUAAUCUGUGCUCCACCAAGUGAUGGAAUAGGACCAGUGCUCAAUAUUUGUUUAAGAAAUUUCAAUGUUAAUCACUUUAAAAAAAAAAAAAAAAAAAAGGUUAGUAAGCGUCGUUGGAAUUUGGGAUAUUUAAAUGUUUCUCUUUUUUUAUUUUUGUUUUGGAAGAUUAUAUUUAGCUGAUCAGAUUGCAAAAAUGAGUCUUUGCAGAACCGUGAAGAAAGACACAUCAAACUAAGACUUUUUCUUUAGUAUCUGUGAGCAUGCUGACUCCACAGUGCCACAGCGUCAUGUACAGUACAGUAGGACCUUUGUGAUGUCAGGUAAUUAAAGAUGCUGUCUACA